AUGGAAGCUGCUAGAGAGAAGGGUGAAAAUCCUACAUCAUUAGCAAUUGGAACAACAUGCAUAUUCUUAAGAGUAAGAGCAUGUGGAUCAAUGAGGCUGCUGAAAUUAAAGGGUUUCUUGUUUGUAUUGUUGCUGCUUUCAGGCGAUGCAGAAAAAGAUCUUAUAAGAUCUAAGAAGAUGAAUGAAGAGUAUGAGAAGGCCAAGCAACAAGUGGCAGAAAGUUCAGGAACUCCACUAUAUCAAGUCACACUCCCUAUCCCACAACAGUUAGAGAUCAUGACUGUAGAACUUGGGGUUGCAAAGGGCAAGAGGAUUCGAGGCUUGGGUUCUAGUCUUCGAGUCGAGAGUUCGCAUAGUGGUGGAGUUGCCUCUUCUUUUGCUACAGAGCAAAAGGUUGAGGAACUUCAAGGCACAGUUGGUGAGUUGAAAGGCACAGUAAGUGUUCCGUCCCAGCAUGUUGGUGAUUCUCCUUGUGAUGAUGAUCAAGGUAAUAGUGGUGGUUCAUGUAAUGUUUGUGCGGAUCUUGAUGAUGUUGGAAAUAGUCACUAG